ACCCGCGCCUCCCUCUCUCUCUCCUUCCAAACCCUAACCCUAGACCACCUCCCUGCCCCGUCCCCAUCGCCGAGGAGGAGCUCGCGCUCGGGGAGGACGAGGAGACGGCCGCCUCCGGGGAGCAGCAGAAGGAGGAGGGGCACGCGGCGGCGGCGACCAAGAGGCGCAUGGCGCAGCCGACCAAGAAGGCCAGGAACAUGGCCACCAGCGACAAGGAGCCCGAGUUCCUCGACGAGCCGUCCUCGCCGACGAGGCCCGCUACAGGGAUGGAUGAGAGGAUGUGAGGUGGAUAUUCAGGCCAGGAAGCUCUACUGCAUCAACAGGGCUGACCCGAAGCUACCAAUCAGCGUGGAGGAUGCCAGACGGAGUGCUGAGGAGUUUGCAAUAGCUGAAUCAAAGGGAGUGCCACUUGUCCAUGUUGGUCAGGACACACGCUUGGACUGUCGAGUUAUUGAUGUCCGAACACUGGCAAAUCAAGCCAUUUUCCGUAUACAGCAUCAAGUUGAAAACAUUGCUAGAGGGCUUGGUUGCGAAGGAGAGGGAGAUGCAGGAGAAGCUCAUGGCAAGGCAUGGCACCGUGGUUGACAGCUUUGAGAAGAAGCAUCGUAGG